CACCGUGAGCGGCGGGGCCGGGCCAGGGGCCGGGCCAUGAGCGGCAGGGCCGCGCAGCGGCGGCGGCGCCUGGUGCUGCACGUGGACCUCAACAACACCGUGGUGGUGGCGGACACGGUGACCGGGCAGGGCCCGCGCGCGGCGCUCAACACCUUCCUCAGCACCGUCACCUGGGGCCGCGCCGGGGCCGCCGGCAAGUGGGAGUGGCUGAGCGACCGUCCGUCCCUCUGCCCGCCGUGCCCCGGCGCCCUCAGCUACUACACCGCUUGCGGCCGGGACCCCUCCUUCACCGAGGCCGGGCCGGGUCGCCGCUUCCGCAGCCUCCACGCCCGCCACCUGCAGCUGCUGGAGUGGCCGGGCCAGCCGCACGACGCCUUGUCCGUGCCGGGAGAGCCCGGCGAGCGCUACCACCUGAUCCUGCCCUCCUUCUUCCGGCUCCUGGACACGCUGCACCGGAAUGGCCGGACCUUCGCCGUGGUUUUCAGGACCUUCGGCACCGACCUGCCCCGUGCCCUGCAGGCUGUCAGCAGUGCCCUGGACGGGCAGCACCCCCAGUUCCCCACCUUGCGGGACGUGGCGCUCCCUGUGGACCUCACCCCUGGCCAGAUCCGCUGCAGCAAGCGGGAGGUGGUGCUGACACGGGGCGCGGAGCGGCUGGCAACCCGGGAAGAUGGAAGAAAGCUUUACAACUAUUUCAGCUCCUUUGAGGGAAUUGGAGGCUUCCAAGACCACUUUGACUGGUGGGCCAGAAAUAAUUUCUGUUCCCGCGGUGGGAAGCCCCUGUGGAUAGACCCCCACGAUCCUGAUGUUCACCACAUCUUCAUCGAUGACAAUAUCCGGCUGGACGACGCGGACACCAUUGUCCACCCACAGGUGUUCUCGGAGCGGGGCAGCAGCAGCCCCAGGAGUGCACCCACCUCAGAGCUGUACGACGUGUGCCUGGUGCAGACAGACCUGCUGGAGGCCAUUGCCGAUGAGGACUAUUUCCUGCGCUGCGUGAGGAGGUGCGAGGAGAACUAUGACCGCUACCUGGCCUGCGCGGAGAAGGACACUCCAAGCCAGCAGUGGGAUGGACAGUGAUACCACCUCAUGGGGCCAAGGAGCUCCAGAAUGGGACACCCCCCACUUUCUACUACGCACAGGCAAAGUCCUGGGCUGGGCUCCUGCUUCAAGCUGUUCCCUCUCCAAUGUGCAAUGUGGGCGUUCAGUCCUACCAGGAGCGUCCAUGCCCAAACACAAGUGUCCCGGGAGCUUGUGUGAUGGGAUUCCUGGAGGAAAUGGUUUUCCAUUCCUUGGCAGCGCUGCCCAAGGUGCCCUUCCUGCAUGAGGGCUGGGGCUCACUGUGCCCCUCUGCUUGCCAGGCAGGUCCUUCCAUCCCUUGCACCAUGGCUGUGAUGCAGCCUCGCAGUGUUCACACCUCCCUUCCCACUCCUGUGGCGGUGACUGGUGUGGAGCAGGUGCCGGCAUGAGCACAGUGUUAUCGGCAGCACCCACAGGUGCCAUUUCUGGUGUGGUGUUCUCGGCGGAUACCCUGUCACUUCUGCCUGUUUUUAAAGCAAACCUUUUUAGCUCA